UCUUUUUUUUUUUUUCUUUCCAGGCGACGUCCUAUGGGUGUGUCGGGCAGGAGGUGAUAUUUGACGGGCUGCAGGCGCGGGCUGUGGAGCCAGGGCACCAGGCAGUGGGUGAGAGCAUGGCCUCCCGAGACCCGCCCGCCACCACCUACGCUCCGCCCGAUGUGCCCUCAGGGGUCGCACUAUUCCUCACCAUCCCCUACACCUUCUUCGUUCCGGAGCUGGUAUUUGGGUUCUGGGUCUGGAUCCUGGUAGCUGCCACCCAGGUAGCAAAUCCGCUGCUGCAAGGAUGGGUGAUGUACGUCUCGCUCACCUCAUUCCUCAUCUCCCUGAUGUUCCUGUUGUCUUAUGUGUUUGGAUUUUACAAAAGAUACGAGUCCUGGAAAAUCCUGGACAGCCUGUACCACGGCACCACCGGCAUCCUGUACAUGAGCGCCGCCGUCUUACAAGCGCAUGCCACGAUUGUGUCUGAGACCCAGGACCUGAAAAACUAUUUCAUAAACACCGCGGCCUCGUUCUUUGCCUUCAUCACUGCCCUGCUCUACAUCCUCCAUGCCUUCAGCAUCUAUUACCACUGAAGAGGCAGGGGCCUCGCCCACCUGGAAGAUGCUCUAGGAAAACCUGGAGCAUCGGCUCCUGGAAGUAGUUUCCGGCAUUCGCCAUCUGGAUGCGAAACAGAAGCUCAACGAUGACAUAGGGGAUCAACAGACCAUCUUUUCAGACUGAGUGAUGACAUCCCACUCAGGCAGAUCUGUUUGGACAUUUUAAUUCAUUGUGAUGAAUAUGAAAAAGCCGGGGCUGGGGGGCUUUGUUGUUUUGUUUUGUUUUGUUUUGCCUGGGAAAGUAACUGUCUCUUGGAAUUAUCUGACAAUGAACCUCGCUCUUCUGGAAAGCUAACAUCUGAAGCUCUUGCCGUAGAAAAUUCCAGCUCAACCAUCAUCACACCUGUUUGGUGACGUCACACCUCAGCCAGGGGAUUCCCACAGCAGGUUUAUGGGAACCGUCAUAAUUUCCUUAAAAUGGAAAUGGUGCUGUCAGUGCUUUCAGAUCUGAAGACUCACAGACCUUGUUCCAGUGGUCCCACCUCUUUUGGCCGCCAUGAUCCAGACCCCCUGCCCCUCCCACCCUGCCUGACCGCCAUUCAUGUCCCCUCUCCUUCCCUCCCCAGCUUUGGGACCCAAGGUAAAUCUGUGUAAAAUCAGCUUUGAGGGUAGAUUUGUGGGGAAAAAGACGCAUGACUGCAAAAUUGUUAUACAGUAAGGACUCUGGGCGGGGGAGGGGGGCGGCCCACAAGGGGUCAGGAAGGAAAAGUUUUUUGUUGGGGGUUUUUUUGUGUGUCUAUUUAGGGCCGGACCCUCGGCAUAUGGAAAUUCCCAGGCCAGGGACUGAAUGGGAGCUGCAGCUGCCGGCCAACACCACAGCCACGGCAACACUGGGUCCAAGCCACAUCUGCAACCUACACCACAGCUCAUGGCAAUGCCAGGUCCUUAACCCACUGAGCAAGGCCAGGGAUCGAACUCACAUCCUCAUGGGUACUAGUCCGGUUCGUUAACCACUGAGCCACUACGGAACUCCUAACCUGCUUCUUAAGUCAGAUUGCUCAGCUGAACGCCUGAGUUAGGCCUCCAAGAUCCGGCCGCUUAAGGACUGGCCCUCAGCAACGACAUUGGGGAAGAAGCCAGAUGUUACCUGCAAGGAUUCUCCUCAAAGAAGCCACAAAGGCCCCACCCCCAGGUCUUGCUUUUCCACGUGCCUCCCCCAGUGGUCCAGCUGGGUGGGGUCUGGGACCACCCAGUCCACCUCCUGCAGCGAAGGGCUCCCAGGGGCCUGGGUGUGCAAAGGCAUUUGUACUUCAGGACCAUUUUCAAAGGCAGCCAGAAAUGUAAGAUCCAGGUGCUUGAUCUCCAAGGAAAUGUUUUUCAAAAGAAGGCUGUGCUCUCUGCUCUCUGGCCCUGUGCUGGGGUUCCAGCUGCCUGUCCCCAGUCUCUGACACGAGUCAGGGUCAGUCUCCUGGCCUGAGUGAGGACUCAGCCCAGUAACGCCUGGGCCUGCUGCCAUUUUAAAAUGAAAUUAUUAAGUAGAAGUGACUUGUCUUAGCUGAUUCCAGGGCUUACAAUUUUGUAUCAACUCUUUUCUGCUUCCGGGGUGGUGGUGGGGGGGAAAUACAGGGGAGGGGGAGUCAUGGAGAGAAAAUUCUGGCUUCACUUUUGACAGCUCACUUUCUAAUCCUAUCCCCAUUGCUUGAAAAGCCACUGUUUAUCUGUCACGUUAUUGCCUGGCAGCUGCUGGGAUGGUCACUGUUAAUAUUUACUUGAGUAGCCACAUCCAAAUAAAAGUCCUUUGUACAGUAAAAAGCCUUGAGUUGAUCGCUCUCGUGGUGUUGGCAGCUGGAACUGGUCACCAGGUCACAGGUCCCGACAGCAAUUGCACCAAAAGCCCCCUGUGGAGGUUUUAGGGCUCAACACCCACGCCACCCCUGCCGGCCUUGCUUCUAGGGCAACUGCACGCAGAUGCAGCUCUGUCUCCAGGGCUCAGAGGUUUGUGCGGUUAUUUCUACCUCAGUAAGAAGAGUUUGGGUGCAAGUUCCAGAAACCAAACUUAUGCCAAGUUAGGGGUGGCCUGGCCAGGCCAGGGAGGUACAGAGGCCUGGGUGGGCGGAGCAGACCCCUCAACUGGCCUUCGGCCUCACGUCCCUGCUCUCCUUCACCGACUGCUGUCCCUUCCUCCUGUCAAUACCCCCACCCCCAGGGCAGACUCUGUGGGCCCAGCUCAGAGCUGCAUACCCCCCACCACCCAGUUCACUUGCAGCUGCUUAAGUUCCAGCCACCUUCCCGCACUCAGGACGGCUGCUCCCUCUGUCUAGGACUCUCCCUGGCUCCCGUCUUCUGUGGGAAGACAGGAGGCACCCUACAAGGCUCCUCAGAGCCCCCAGCAGGGGCGCACCCCUGGGCCGAGGCUCGGCUUUGCUGGGUUUCCCUCAUUGUCCCACCCCACCCCAAAUGCUUUCUCACCAGGCUCCCUGCACCCAAGUCCUUGCCUCAUUUGGGAACUCAGACUAAGACUUCCCAUGACCUGAGCACCCAGCAGUGCUGGGGGCCUGGCUGCAGGCGAUGGGCCAUGGGGUCCCUCAAGCCACACCCCACAGCCCUUGCUGAACAGGCCGGUAGCAGGCUGGGUUGGAAGCUUUGUCCAGGACAGCCGGGGUUCUGUGUUGGCCAAGAACCAGGCUAUGAUCUUUAUUUUUUUGUUUGUUUGCUGUUUUGUUUUGAAAAUCUGAGAACAUUUUGAGGAAAAUAUAUAAACAAUGUGUAGAGUUUGUAACAUUUC